UACUCUUAGCUCCCCUGAUCUGCUUCGUCAGCUUGUUUCUGGCCUGCUUACAGGUGCCUGCCGUUUUAAUGUGUGAUUGUGCCGUGUUCUUUUAACGUGUGCUUUAUGUGUUGUAGUUUAUAUAUUUCCGACGACCCUGACAGCAGCAUCUCUGUCUGUCUCCUCCUCCCGGGCGGAGGUUGCACCGUGAACCGGGGUUGAAGUAAACAAGGAGGACAAGUAAGUGGUGUUUGAGACCCGGUGGUGAUUAAUCUUCUAACCAUACACGCAUGAACACAGCAAGACACGUGCUAAAUUGCUCCAAGUUUGCACGCCAUUCAGCAAACAUAAACUGCACAAGAAAGUUUUACACUUCACAACAUUUAAAUAUGUCUCGCCACACACACUCCAAAAGAAUCGAAGGACUCGACAAGAAUGUCUGGGUGGCGUUCACUUCUCUAGCAGCAGAUCCUUCUGUUGUUAACCUGGGCCAAGGCUUCCCAGACAUCCCUCCACCUUCCUAUGUCAAGGAAGCACUGGCGAAAGCUGCAUGUGUGGACAGGAUGAACCAGUACACCAGAGGCUUUGGUCACCCAUCUUUAGUGAAGGCCCUUUCUCAGGUGUAUGGGAAGGUCUGCGGACGUCAGAUUGACCCUUUGAAAGAAGUGCUGGUCACAGUGGGAGGUUAUGGAUCCUUAUUCAGCACCAUGCAGGGACUGGUGGAAGAGGGAGAUGAGGUCAUCAUAAUAGAGCCGUUCUUUGAUUGCUACGUACCCAUGGUGCGAAUGGCAGGGGCCAAGCCUGUGUUGAUACCGUUACGCCUUAAGCCUGGAAAGAGGCAGACAAUCACGAGUGCUGACUGGUUUCUUGAUCCAGAUGAGCUUUCCAGUAAAUUCAACUCAAAAACAAAAGCCAUUAUCAUCAACACCCCUAAUAAUCCCAUAGGGAAGGUUUUCACCAGAGAUGAGCUGCAGGUGAUCGCUGAUCUCUGUAUCAAACACGACACUCUGUGCUUCAGUGACGAGGUUUAUGAGUGGCUCAUCUACAGAGGACACCAUCAUAUUAAAAUCGCCACUCUGCCUGGAAUGUGGGACCGAACGAUCACUAUUGGCAGUGCGGGGAAAACAUUUAGUGUGACUGGAUGGAAACUUGGUUGGUCUGUAGGGCCGGAGCACUUGAUAAAGCAUCUUCAGACUGUUAUGCAGAAUACUCUGUACACCUGCCCAACACCUCUACAGGAAGCUGUGGCACAAGGUUUGCUCCUGAACUUUGAGCUGAUGGGUCAGCCUGAGUGCUACUUCUCCUCACUGGCAGAGGAACUGGUGGGUAAGAGGGACCGCAUGGCUGCUAUCCUGCAAGAGGUUGGUAUGACUCCUGUCAUCCCAGAGGGAGGCUACUUCAUGCUGGUGGACGUCACAUCUCUCAAUCAGGAUCUGUCUCACAUGGAUGAUGAUGAAGCUUAUGACUACAAGUUUGUGAAGUGGAUGAUUAAAGAAAAGAAACUAGCAGCUAUUCCGGUCACAGCGUUUGUUGGAGACGAGUCCAAGAAACAGUUUGAGAAAUACAUUCGCCUCUGCUUCAUUAAGCAAGAUAGUACUCUUGAUGCUGCGGAGGACAUCUUGAAAAACUGGAGUAAGAUUUAAAGGGCCGAUACAAGUGCAAUAAUGUGCACCACCUGUUUUUUUACUUUAUUCAACAGGACUGUCAUCUCUUGUUCUUUUAAAUGUGUUUUUGGUUUUCAGUGAUAUGAAUAAGUGAUCUCACAUUUUUAUCCAGGAUCUAAUCGUGGAUUUAGAUCCCCUCAUUAAUUCCUGUUGCCUUAAGAGAGUGAAUAUUUUUUGGAUAGGGCUUGCAUAGGGGUUUAACAUCCCACCACCAGAAUAGCUGGGUACAAGAGUCUGCUAACACGAAGCUGUGACUGGUCUUUACCUCCUUAAAAACUGUGAAUCCCAUACUCCGCUGCUCGAUCUGGCAGUUGUUUUAUAGCUUGAGGCGGUGUUGAGUUUGUAAUAAAUUUGACAAUAUCUGCUGCUAAA